AUGCCUCCCAAAGUCAAAGGCGGCAAUGAGCCCGCCAAGAAAAAGGCCUCGGUCGAGGACAAAACCUUUGGUAUGAAAAAUAAAAAAGGCGGUACCGCCAAACGACAAAUUGCACAACUUGCCGCUCAAGCCAAAUCCAACAAGUCCCCUGAGGAAAAACGAAAAGAGGCCGAGAGAGAGCAGAAAGCCAAGGAGAAAGCCGCUGCUGAACAGGCAAAGGCUGAGGCUGCCGAGUUAUUCAAACCUGUCCAGGUGCAGAAAGUGCCCUUUGGUGUAGAUCCAAAGACGGUCCUCUGCCAGUUCUUCAAACAAGGUCAUUGCGAAAAGGGCCGGAAAUGUAAAUUCAGUCAUGACCUCGAUGUGGGUAGAAAGGGCGCCAAAAGGGAUUUGUACCAAGACACGAGGGAGCAAGAGCGGGAGGAAAAGGAAAAAGACAACAUGGAAGACUGGGACGAAGAGAAACUUCGUAACGUCGUGCUCAACAAACAUGGCAAUCCUCGCACAACCACCGACAAAGUUUGCAAAUAUUUCAUAUCGGCCGUUGAGGAUGGUAAAUAUGGUUGGUUCUGGACGUGUCCCAAUGGAGGUGACAAGUGCAUGUAUCGUCACAGUCUCCCAGCUGGAUUCGUGCUAAAAACCAAGGAACAACGGCGUGCAGAGAAGGCUCUGAUGGACAAAUCCCCUCUCAACACACUAACACUGGAAGAUUUCUUGGAAUCCGAACGCCACAAGUUGAGUGGCACUUUAACGCCCGUGACUCCAGAGUCCUUUGCCAAAUGGAAGAAGGAACGUCUGGACAAGAAGGCAGCCGAAGCACAAGCCAUCAAGGCCAAGGAAGCCACUGGAAGAGCCAUGUUCGAAAGUGGAGACUGGAAGGAUUCAGGAGACGAAGACAGCGACGACGAUGAUGACGAUGACAACGUUGAAGAAGAAGCUCAAGGAGCAUGGAACCUGGAGGCCAUGCGGAGGGAAACCGAACGACUACGACAGUUGAAGGAAGAAGAACGAUUAGCCAAGUCUAAUGGGGAACCGGUACCAGAUGGCAACGACAAUGAGCAAGAUAGCAGAUCUACAUCGGAACUCGAUGACACUGGUGAAGCAGGGAGUAGCUCACGGCAGGAGCCAUGA